UCAGCAUAGAAGAUACGGUGAAGGCUAUUCAGGAGGCAGACCGAUUUCCAGUAACUCAAAUGCUGGAAGUGAGGCCUCCCUGCGUCUACAGGAGGCAGUGCCACUUCCUCUAUCAGCGCCUCAGGGUUCGACUCUUUAAAUCCUUGCUCGCACAGCUGCCAAAAAGCAGACAUCGCCUCAUGGAAGAGGCUUCCCAGGAUGUUCCUCCCCUGCUCCGGCCUGAGGUGUGGGCAGCCCUCAUGGGCAUCAACCUCGUCGGUGUGCUGCACACAACCAACGUGGCCUUUCAAGAAGCCGCUGCCUCGCUGGAAUUCCUUGCUCUCGAAGCUCUGCAGUCCAGCGAAUUCUCACAGUACCACGAAUACAACGAUUUGCUGGGGAGCACUGAGGGCCGACGGCGUUUAGUUACGUUGGUUGGGGUUGCCUUGCAACGGAAUCCUUUGUAUGUUUCUGUGCGGGGGAUGGACGCCUUGGCAGCUCCUCUGUUGUUGCUGUUUUAUGAGCGGGAGAAUGUGGCUCUGGCCUGCCUUGAGAAGCUGCUACAGGAUUUCCAGCAGCACCUCUUCGCUGCUGACAGCGCCUCCUUCCUUCGCCGGCAGCUUGCCGCUUCCAACCGUUUGCUUGCCUUUGUAGAUCCUACCCUGGCCCUCCAUUUGUACAGACUAGGGCUUCACUCCGACAUGUAUGCGUUGUCUUGGCACCUGACGCUGUUCUCUCACGUGUUGCCGCUGCAGCAGCUGCUGCUGCUGUGGGAUACCUUGCUGUUGCAGCCUCCUACGUUCGUGCACUUCUUGACGCUCUGCAUUCUGCAUUUCUUGAGAGUGCCCCUCAUGAGCUUCUCGCCGGGGGAGGAGUCGACGGCCAUUCGCCUGUUGCAGACGUGUUUCGCGUUCAUCAAUAUUCCUGCUCUCUGCGCUGCCGCUGUGGCACUGCAAAACGCAGUCCCCUGGUCCCUUGCCCUCCUGCCUUCGCCUCAAGAGGUUCGUGCAGACGCAGAAGCGGCGGAAAAGCCGUCAUGCGGGGGCAUUAUUACUACCGACGCUCCAGCAGAAGGCGCGCAGACCGCACCCACCGCAGCAACAGACCGCGCUUCAAAGCCUCCAGCAGACUCGGGGAAGGCCGUUAAGAGGCUCGUCGUCGAGACAAGCAGCGGCGAGAAGCGGCUGGAAGCAGUGUCUACCGAUGGUGCUCUCCACCCCCAACAUGCACAUGCGACGACGCUCGUUCGCGAAAAGGCUUCCGAAGCGCAGCAGUUCUUCAUCGGUGACAAGGAACUCACCCGCACUCACACCUCCAUCCAACAACAAGGCCAAACGCAAGACAACGAAGGCUUUCCCCACUGCAAUGCGGAGAAACCCAGCGCAGUCCACGGGAGGGCAUCCACCCCGUCGAGCUGCGAGGGAGACGCUCAAGGCGCUUCCCAUAGGAAACAUGCAAGCUGGAAAAGCAGAGCACUUAUGCGCGUUGUCAAAGGGCCGGCGCUGAUGCUUUUGGGGGCACCCCGGAAGACGACUGCUGCCAGAAAUCUCCAGCGAGGCGGUCUAAACGAGGGCAAACGAUGUUGCGCUGAUCCCAUGGAAGCCCUGUACUCGAGCGAACCGCUUGUGUCUCGGUGGUGGGAAAAAAUGACUGAAGCGGCAUUCCUAGAGACGACUUCGCAGUCUUGGAAUGCUGGCGGGACAGGCAGCACUCCUUCUCUCGCCAGUGAAGCCGGUGAUUUCGAGGAAAAGGCGCUGCAGCCUCCCUGCAUUGGAGUUGACGUCUUGCUGCAGUUCAGUGAGGAAAGCGUUGUCUUGGACAUGCGCCCUCGAGCUCUCUUCGAGGUCUUGCACUUCAACAAGUCCAUCCACAUCACGCCAAAAGACGUGGGAGAGCUUAUCUGCUUGCUGAAAGAAGGCCAAAUGUCGCUACCAGACCCUAAGGGCGUGCAUGUGCAAGUGCAGAAGCUCGGUAGUAGCAAGCCACUCAUCGGGAAGAUGACUCUUGCAGGGAACGCGUCACCCCUCGAACCGCUUCAGGCAGCCUCCGAAGCGAGUGCCGCUGUUGGUCUGCCCCAUUCUGAGCCUUCAGAGGGUGCGCAAUGGAAGUCUGGACUCUCGCCAGCCGCAAGCGGCGUCUUACAACCCUGGAUUUCCCCCGUCAUGCACCGCUUGCCGCUAAUCGUCGUUGUUGGCGACAAGGAGGAUUGCGGAUCGGGACUUGCAAGGCGGCUGCUCAUGGCUGGAAUUGCCUGUGUCUGCGUGCUGCUUGGAGGCAUCGACGCGCUACAGCUCGAUGCUCCAAACGACUUCCUAGCACGGAAGUACCAAAACUGA